AUGUCCAAUAUUAUUCGUGGUUAUCAAUUGUCACAGGUAGUUUGUGUGAUGGCUCAAUUGGGGAUUGCUGAUCUGUUGACCGAUCAACCUCGUUCGUCAAUUGAUCUCGCACAAGCUACAAAUACGGACGCUAACUCACUCAACCGUCUCCUUCAUACGCUAGCUAGUUUUGAUGUUGUCAUUGAAGAUGAAUCAGGCAUGUUUUCAUUGACUUCACUCGGUUCGACACUGCGCAGUGAUGUUUUCAAUUCUCUUCAUGAUAUGGCAAUCGCAUGGUGCCAUCCCGCCAUGUAUGGUGCAUGGACGAACAUACUUGAAAGUAUUCGCACAGGAUAUCCAACAUUCAACAAUAUAUUCGGAAUAGAUUUCUACAGCUAUUUACAUAAUAAUACUGAGUUCAAUGGUAUUUUUAAUCGAGCAAUGGGCUCGAUGGACAGACAUGCUGAACUAAUUACUAUAUAUGAUUUUUCCGAUGCCAAAUGUGUUCUUGAUGUAGGCGGUGGAAAAGGAGUUCUCAUGAUGUAUAUACUGCGUCGGUAUUGGCAUCUAAUUGGCAUUCUUUAUGAUCUUCCACAUGUUACCGAAGAUGCCCGUAAACUAUUCGCUGUAGGACAAUCUGAUAUAUCCGAGCGGCUCAGUAUUAUCAGCGGUGAUCUAUUUGUGUCAGUACCAACCAGUGCAGAUACUGUCAUUUUAUCGCACAUGCUCAUGAAUUUUGAUGACUCAAAAACGAAACUAUUAUUGAGUAAUUGUCGUGCAGCAAUGGCUUCCGGAGACAAACUUCUUAUCAUUGAAGUUGUUCUCCGUGACAAUACUAAUCAACUUGAUGGUCGUUUAAAUGAUUUAAACAUGCUUGUUCUUCUAGGUGGUCGAUAUCGAAGUGAGCAGGAAUAUGUUACAUUGUUGGAGCAGACGGGCUUCACCCUCAAAUCGAAUAUUCAGAUGAAGUGUAAUGAUAAUUUGCUUACUUGUCACGCAGUAUAA